AUGACAAACCUUAUCGACCUGCUCAAUGGAGCCAGCCGUCUCCGCUCAGGAGUCCCAUGCUCAUUUGCCGAUGAAAACCCUCGCGUUGGUGGCUCACACCACGUCUUCCAAAUCAUCAUUGCAGACUCGGUACAUUGGGCGGCCCGAAUCAGCAUCAAUCCCAAUACUUGGAAAGAGAUCAAAGCGCCAAACAUCUUUGUCGAUGAAGAACGCCGUGUGCUCUACUCAGAAUGGGUCAUUGGCAAGCCACUAGCAAUAUGGAAUCAUGAAAUUCAUUCCAUCAAACGUCUGAGGAUGUUGGCUGGCCUUGCGGAAUUUCUAUUGUACUUAUGGACUACACCGGUUCCUUCUGAUCUUGUUACGAACAAAGAUUGUCGGUACUCGACUUGGCUUAUGGAAAGUCUGGAUCAAGGUCUUCGUCGAAUUCUUGCUGGGACUGCUAGAUGGGGCAAUGCUGUCAACUAUCUAAUUAUGCGGUCUAUGGUCUCGAAUUAUGCUGCUGAAUUCGAUAACACUAGUACUGGAAUUGGGUUUAGCCAUGGGGAUCUGAAUGCGUAUAAUAUCAUGACAAAUGAAGACUUAAGCAUAACAGGGGUCGUCGACUGGGACUGGACUUCCGUGGCUCCACUGCCAGCCAUUAUUCACCACCCUUGGUUUAUGGCCGAUAUUCCCGGAUGGAAUAACGACGGCGUGUCAGAUGGUGAAAAUUUCCUUGAUGACCGCCUCUCUCUUCAAGAUUUUGUGAGAAGGAAAGAGAUUUCUCAGAAGCUGCCUCUUACGGUGUCAACUUUGCUGAAAGACUCUGGCAAAAGACUGUAUUUCCAGUCAGCUUUCCACUUUAAGUAUCCAUGA